GUAGACCACUAGCGCCGUGACAUUCGUGGUACACAGAACAUCCACGGAGAUCUUCAACCCCCAGCCCACUAUUAAUGGCAGAAAUCUGAUCGAAACAUGACUGCAGAGACAUUCAGAGCUGUCCGGCUGUGUCGCCAUCAUCUGUCCCUGUUGGAGCGAUACCAUGCUUCGCCUCAUGUACUACCAUGUCGAACUCUGCGGACACACAGAGUUGAGAAGAGUCGAGGAGUGGUGACGAAGAUGCUGCUGGGGGUCGCUGUGGGCACACCGGUGGUGCUGGGGGUCAAGUACGCCAUAUCUGAGCCGAGGGAGAGGAGGAAGAUGAAGAUAUUCGCGGAAGGCGUGGGGCGUUUCUGUAGAUCUUUGUACGUUGGAAUGGUAAUCUCUGUAGAUUACUGGUGGACCUCCAAUAUUGCCCUCAGGGGAGUGGAUGAGUCAUGUCUCCCUCUCUCCUGUGGUCUGUCGUGGUCUCACGCCAGAGCAGCCAGGUGUACACGGAGAGCAUGUCGGCGUGCCACCAGCGGGCGGCUGACAACAUGGUGGAGGGGGCCGUGCAGAACGGCGGCCUCUACAUCAAACUGGGCCAGGGCCUGUGCGCCUUCAACCACCUGCUGCCCCCCGAGUACAUCCGCACGCUGCGCGUCCUGGAGGACAAGGCCCUCAAUCGCAGACGCCCUUUUUCAGGAAGAUUUCAAUACAACUCCAGACAAGAUUUUCCGGAAGUUCGACUACGAGCCGGUGGCAGCCGCCAGUCUGGCCCAAGUGCACAAAGCAGAGCUCCAUGAUGGGACUCCGGUGGCUGUGAAGGUUCAGUACAUAGACCUGCGGGAUCGCUUUGAAGGUGACAUCUGGACGGUGGAGAGACUUCUGGACGUGGUGAAAUUCAUGCACCCCAGCUUCGGCUUCCGCUGGGUCCUCAAGGACCUGAAGGGAACUCUGGCCCAGGAGCUGGACUUUGAGAAUGAAGGCAAGAACUCUGAGCGCUGUGCGGAGGAGCUGAAACAUUUCAAAUUCAUCGUGGUGCCAAAAGUCUUCUGGGAUUACACCAGCAAGAGGGUGCUGACUGCCGAGUUUUGUGAGGGCUGCAAAAUCAACAAUGUCGAAGAGAUCAGAAGACAAGGACUCAGCCUGAGAGAUACAGCGGAUAAGCUUAUUCGGACGUUUGCCGAGCAAAUCUUUUACACAGGAUUCAUUCAUGCUGAUCCACACCCGGGCAAUGUGCUUGUACGGAGAGGACCAGAUAAGAAAGCGGAAUUGGUUCUCCUUGAUCAUGGCCUCUAUGAAUACCUCAGUAAAAGUGACCGGGUAGCCUUGUGUAAGCUGUGGCGCGCUAUCAUUCUGCGAGACAAUGACGGCAUGAAGAGGUACUCCAAUGAUCUUGGGGUCAAAGAUUACUUCCUGUUCUGUGAGAUGCUCCUGCAGCGGCCAAUCAACAUGCGGGAGCUGGGCCUGGGGAACAUCCUGAGCCGCGAGGAGACGGCGUACAUGCGCAACAUGGCCGCCAACCACUUCGACAACGUCAUGCAGGUGCUGAAGGCCCUGCCGCGGCCCAUGCUGCUGGUGUUCCGGAACAUCAACACGGUGCGCAGCAUCAACAUCACCCUCGGGGCGCCGGUCGACCGCUACUUCGUCAUGGCCAAGAGCGCUGUGCGCGGAUGGGGCAAGAUCCAGGCUGACGACACCAGGGUGCUACCCAGCUUCAGACUCUUCUGCUGGCUCAGGACCUCCUGGGAGAGCCUCAAGUUUGAGUGUGCCCUGAGGACAGAGAUGGCCAUGAUGAGCUUGACCCGAUCGCUACUCCAAAUCCUCUCCUUCUUCGGUCUCAUCACCCUGGACCAGGAAGUGUACCAGUACCUGAAGUGAGGGGUGGACACAGCAGUCACCCAAACUUCCUACCUCAGCAGGGGACCCAUUCUGUGGAAACAUGCGUCUGGCACCACCAGAAUAAUGCAAGAAAGAUCAAAUCAUGGAUUUUUCAUAUGAAGUCUCAUAGACUUUUGUAAUCAGUGGAUGUUGAAGGGGUUUUAUUAUUUAUUUUUUAUCAAACUGGUGCUGUUUUAUAUUGUGGACUCUCCAGGCCCAGGUUUUUUUUGGAUGUUCUUUCACUCCUCUGUAGAGAACAUUUUCAUUUUGCAUUUCAAAGUUGAAGAAACUCGAUGAAGGAAGAGCAAUGACUAAAAAAGUGAAAUUGAAAAGGGUGGAUGCAGAGAAUAUUACAAACGUAACAAUAUUGUUGACAUGAAGCAAUAGUCUCAUUUUACUUUUCACUUUCACACUGAAGUUGGUGAACUGAAGUUUAGUCUUAAUGAAUUAUUUUAACCUUUUAUACAGUACAGGGUUUUUUUUGUUUUUUUUAAGUAAUUCCCAACAUAAUGUAAAUCUGAAAUACAUGCAUUAUUAAACAAAACAAAUAUUUUUUGUAUGUGUUGAUCAAUGCCAUGACUUCUACAAUACAUAAUGAAAGUUUAUAUGUUGUACACGAAUACCUUCAUGGCAGGUGGGCUGUCCAGAUAUCACCAUGAGCAUGUUUUGUAAACCUGGACAUCCCUGAACAAGAGAAGAUCAGAACACCAAAGCACACCAUCUACAGUAACUUCUGCUGCUGUCAGGGGAACAUUAUGUAUUUAGUCCGUACUACGUUUUUAUCUGCUGUGAUAUUCUAUUCAUGCACAAUGUGCAGUGUCAUUUAGCACAAUA